AUGACCCAAGCCAACUCACUGCGGAUCAAACGAGAUCCUUCAACCCCGAUCAAUGAUCGCAGCAGGUUUGUACGCCGCGUAGCACCAACAAGCCUCUCGGUGGCCAACAUCGACCGUCAGCCGGAUCCUCAGCAGACAGAGCAGCAGUAUGACGACCACGACGUCGCUGCUGUGUCAGUAGGCGUGUCCUUAUUGCGUGCGCGGAUGCUGCGUCCAACUCUGCCGAAGAAGCCACCGCUUACGCGCCUUGUGGAGAUCAGCAAUCACUGCAGUGCUGAUGAGAAAUCUCUGACAGUAACAAAGCUGAAGCGACGCGGAGACAAGUACAAGUUCUUUCAGUUCGGCAAGUAUAGAGUCAUCGACAUCUCAGACUCACCACGCGAGCGUACCGAUGAAAAGGCAGAGAUGCUGCAGCAGUUGCAGAGUGUGCAGCUUGGCGAGCGAUCCCUACUGGCGCCGAAUCAGACAUCAGAAGAUGCUGGAAGCGGUUUUGACCUUGGAGACCAUGAGGGAUUUGAUGCAGUCUUCAACGCGAAGCAGGUGCUGGUGCUGGCGCAGGGGCAUAUGGAUGCGAUGGCUUUGCGAUUCUUCGAGACGAGUCGAGGGCAUAGUAGUUCUGAAUGGCUCUCCCGCCAAGAUCGUAAGAUUGAAGGUGCUAUGCGAGCGUAA